AUGGACUGGCUAUUAAUCAUUUCUCUUGCAAGCGUCAGUCUCUUGACCCUGCUCACAUGGCGUCGGUACUUCUCAGCGAUCAGCGAUAUUCCUGGGCCGUUUGCUGCUUCGUUUACCCGCCUUUGGCAUAUGCACCGUAUCCUCAAGGGUGAUCAAAAUCUCGAGCUGAUACGACUACACCAACAACAUGGUCACUUCGUUCGCAUAUCAUACGACGAAGUAAGCGUCAGUCACCCAGAUGCCAUUGCGAAGAUCUUGUUAGCGCCCCUUCACAAGGCCAAUUGGUACAAAAUCCAUGCUCUGCCAGACUACCGCUUUCAAUCGCCCAUGAGUACCACAGACCCCAAGAAGAAGAUCGAAAAGUCAAAGCACAUCGCUGCGGCAUACACCGUGUCUAAUUUACUCCGUUCAGAAGAGCACAUCGACCGCACCUUUGAGUCUUUCCUCGAAUGGAUGAACAAAUAUGCAACAGACAAGAAACCAAUGGACCUCAACACCUUCAUCUCAUACGCAACCUUUGACGUCAUUGGUGAAGUCGUCUUCUCGAAGUCUUUCGGCUUCCUUGACCAAGGCAAAGACAUCGGCAACUCAAUCGAGAAUUCCCUUGCUCUGAACGCAUACGUUGCAGUAGCGGGCUACUUCCGCUGGAUCAACAUUGCGCUGCUGGCCAACCCAAUCAUGACCUGGCUCUCCAUACUACCAAUGGGUCAUUUAUUCGACACCGUUAAAGCCGUAUUGACAGAAAGGGAAAAGAAUGAAAACGCCCGUUAUGAUGCUGUUCAAUACUGGUUCAAGCAACAUGAGCGACAUCCGGAUAAAUUCACCAUACGGGAGAUCAAUACCCAGGCACUUGCUGCCGUAGGGGCAGGAUCUGAUACCGUGGCUGCGGGAAUACAGUCGUUUAUCUAUCACAUGAUUCGUCACGCUGACGCAUGGGAGCGUGCUCAUGACGAGGUUGCUGAAGCAGUCAAGAAGGGAUUGUGUAGAGAUCGGGUGGUGUCAUAUGCUGAUGCACAGCAACUUGGUUUUGUGCAAGCAUGCGUGAAAGAGGCUCUUCGAGUCUUUGGUCCUGUCCCUAUGGGCCUUCCGCGUAUUGCGCCCAAGGGAGGGUUGACUAUUGGCCAUCGUACUAUACCUGAGGGGACCAUUGUCUCAAUCAACCCAUGGGUCAUACAUUAUUCAAAGGAGAUAUGGGGUGCCGAUGCGCAUGUUUUCAGACCAGAGCGGUGGUUGGAAGAAGACAGCGGUACAAGAGAAAAGUUUUGGAUGCCUUUUGGAGCAGGUUACGGUGGUUGUCCAGGACAAAAUAUUGCCAAGAUUGAGCUCGCCAAGAUUGCGGCGACGUUGGUAAGGGAUUACAAUAUUAAACAGGUAAACUCGACGCAAGACUGGCAGUGGAAGGCUUACUUUACGGUUGUUCCGCAUUCAUGGCCGGUGUAUGUCGAGAAGAGAAGGUGA